AGAGCGCCAUGGGCCACAACUGGCUCGACGUGGCCAACGGUCUCAGCCUCGUGCACAGGAUCACGCAGCCACACACCGUCAACGAAAACAUUGUCGGGGCCAUUCGCGUAAAGUUUUCGCAAAACAACAAGCCACAGGACGUCAUCAACCUCCUGGUCGAAGAGAGCAACAGGUUGUACACGAGUAACGUCGAGAACGGAGUGUACCGCUGCGACACCGACUACAUGACGCUCCGAACCGUCAUGCCUGCCGAGCGAGUCACGGACGACGUCAACAUCAUCGAUCCGGCCAUCUCCACGACGCUGCGUGACCACAACGAGCUCAUCAUGAAGAGUUCCGACACGAUCCCCGUGCCGCGGACCAACCACUACGUACUAGCCCUGCAGAAGGAGAAGGCGCCCGCCACCGAGGUGUCGGUCCUUAACAUCGCCUCCAUAAUAGAACAGUGUAUGAGCAACGGGCGCGUGGACUCUCGCUUCGUCGAAGUGCACAAACAGUCGGACCAGGGCACGCAGGAGCUCAACAAAUUUUACAGCCAGGCCUGUUGCGUCUCGCCCCGUAACCUCGGUCUUUUUCUACAGUGCCUAAACUUUGAGAUGAUGGACUCGGACAUGUUUGGGGCCACCUUACAGUGCCUCAAGAUGACCAAGGGCAUACCCACUCCGCGCCAGGAAGAAAUUGCCACCUACUCAAACACGGCGUUAUUUCGGAUGGCCACCAACCUGUUUUAUCACACGCGUUUCUGCAGGAGCUACCGCGGCGAAAACACCUACCUGUACGACUCGCGCUUCUUUAACGACUUUCUACUCUGGGUCCAGUCGCCCAAUUAUCUGGAACACCACAUCUCGCCUAGCGUGUCGUCGUCCAUCAUCUCGUGGUGCACGUCCAUGUCUACUGCCAUGCACACUACGCGCGACGCCAACGGAGCGAAGUGCGCCAUGGCGGCCAUAUCCACGUGCGAGGUGGACCAACGCGUACUAGCCGACUUUUUGAACAUGUUCAUCAAGCUCUUUAUCGAGGACGAGACCGAGAUUAGCGUCAUCAACAAGAAAUUUCUCGAGAAGGAACUACUCAAGGCUUUUGCUUCCGUGUCUAAUUGCUACAACCUGUUUAGGGGGCAGUUUGUUUCGGCGACGGCCUUGCGCCUCUUCCUAGCCCGUUGUAGGUGGUCCGUGGCCGACGACGUGGAAGUCAUCGUUCCGGUCGAAACGAAGUUUCUCAACAGACUGAUAUGCGACAGCGACGACCUGUUGUCCAACUCGAUGCGAGACAAGCUUCGUAAAACCAUGGAAGACGUCUCCACGAUGAUGGCGCCGCUGCUCUCCAAUCCAUCCACGUCCACGCCUCGCAGCAAGGACGACGACAGCAACGUGCCCGUAUGCAUUUGA